AUGGGUAAUGCAAUGAGUUCAAGUUUCGCCCCAGAAUGUACAGCUGCCAAAAAGGAAUAUGAUGAUUGUUUCAACAAUUGGUAUACUGAAAAGUUUUUGAAAGGAAAGAGUCUUUACAAUGAAUGUGAAGACCUUUGGUAUGAUUAUAAGAAUUGCGUUGAUUUGGCGUUAGCAAAAAAAGGUGUAUUACCUAUGCUAGAAGAAGCAAGAGAGGAAGCUCCAUUUGAGAAAGGUGGUGUUUUACAAGACGUUAAAGAUGAGAAAAAGUGA